AUGGCGGACCGACUCCCUGCACCGCCAUCGGCAGAAGUACGGGAGCAGGAAAAUACUAUGAAAGCAACCCAUUUCUCCCCACGAUGGUGGAAGCGAAGGCUAGCCAUCAUCAUGAUUUUCUCCGGUAGCACUGCUUUGCUAUUCUGGUACUUUGGCGCUUUCAGCCAGGCCAGGCCAUACCAGCCUGGUACACCCCAACGCCCGGAUCCUCCGAGUUAUGAGACACCAGACGGUUCUCUUCUCGUCACCCUGCCGGAGUAUGGAUCUUUCCAGGGCACACAGCUUCUUAUGAACCUGAAGAAGACGGAGACUUUGAGUCGGCCAGUGGAUGCGUGGAUGAAUGUUGAGUACUCUACGCAGCCUGUUGGUCACGGAAGGUUUAUGCCAGUAACAUGGCCCGAACCAUUCGAUGGUACAAAGGAUGCGACAUCAAUUGGACCGGCUUGCUUCCAGAACAUGUACGGCUCCCUCGGGCAGUCGGAAGCUUGCCUUACCAUCAACGUAUACCGACCCUCGGGUAUCCCUAUGGACCAGAAGCUCCCGUCCAUGGUCUUUUUGCACGGUGGCUCGUUCGUCUCGGGUUCUCACCGCAGCUUCGACGGUCCGCUAUUCGUUGAGCAAAGCCCCGAGCCUGUUAUGGUUGUCACCGUUCAGUACCGACUGGGUGCGCUCGGCAGCUUGCCAGCCAAGUUCAUGCAAGAUGAGGGUCUUCUCAACCUCGGUAUCCGCGAUCAGAAGAUGUCAUUGGAGUUCUUGCAAAAGUACAUCGGCGACUUUGGAGGCGACAAAGACCAAAUCACGCUCGCCGGUCAAAGUGCUGGCGGCCACUCGGUCGGUAUCCACCUUUUCCACAACUACGCAGAGGAUGCCGGAAAGCCUUUGUUCAGCAAGGCCAUCUUGUCUUCAGGUUCACCAACCGCUCGCGCCUUCCCAGGUGUCGACUACCCUCUCUACCAAAAGCAAGUCGCAGACAUCAUGGACUACCUAAACUGCCCAGAGUCGCCCAGCUCAGCCGCUCUUGACUGUCUCCGCGCCGCAGAGGCCGAUGACAUCCAGUUCAUGUCUUCCUCGCUAUAUAACGCUCACAACUACAACAUCACAUGGCCAUGGCAACCCGUCUCUCCCGGUCCCCUCCUUGAGAAGCGCGGUUCAACUUCCGGCGAAGACGGCACUUUCUUCAACAUCCCGAUGCUCAUCUCAUCCGUGACCGACGAAGGCACAGGCUUCGCGCCCCAAGACCUCCGUACCAACGCCGAGUUCCUCAACUUCUGGAAGACCCUCACACCCGGCCUCACACCGGAAGAUCUCGCCGAUCUCGAGACCUUGUACCCAGAUGUCAAGCCCCAGCAGGGCACACUAGGUUACGUCUCAGACCAAUUUGCCCGCGUAUCCGCAGCUUACGGCGACUACUCCUACAUCUGCCCAGUUCAAGACACCGCCUCCGUCAUGGCCUCUACCUCCGCUCCCGUGUACAAAGCGCGCUUCAACACACCAAAUUGGGCGCCGACAUACCUGGGUGUACCGCACGCAAGUGACUCCUCGUAUUUCAACGGACAGGCAAACACACAGUACCCUGAGAUUGCAGACAUGUACAGUGCCUACUGGGCCAGCUUCGUUGUCAGUGGAGACCCAAACACAUACGCCUUGGGAUACAGUCCCAAGUGGGAGCAGUAUGAGGGUACCGGCGGUAGGCAGCUGGUGAUCAACCCUCCAACAGAGGGUGGCUCGAUGAUGGAGGAUGAGGGUACUGCUAUUAGGAUGGAGCAAUGUGCUUGGUGGAGAGACCCGGAGAGGGCUAAGAGGCUUAACAAGUAG